CAUUUCGUUUAACACAUAUAUGCUACUUUCCGUAGUAGGCGCUCCCUCCACUUGCAUUUACUUACGAAAGCAUCCGCGAGUAGCACUGCUCACCGAAUGCGCAAUUUGCAGCAAGCAUACCAUUUCGAACCAGCGUGCAUAUUUUGCGGCCGAGGGAAACUUUUUUAACAUUUCUUUUGCUAGGAGGGAUUAAACAUCAGGAUAUGCGAACACAUGUACAGCUGCACUUUGGUAAAUCACGAAUUUAUGGCAUGUGAAUAAUUUGGAAGGGGAGAGCUGCAAUUUAAGGGCACAACAAGAGUAACCCCUGGUAUGUACUCCCCCCCCGAACAGCAAACGGAUAACCAUUCCUCUGCUUCACCCCAAUUCGGGCCCCCCCUCCUCCAAAUAACGAAGUAUACACGGCGAAGAAUCACAGCUUAAAAAAAAAAUCACCCCACAAACGACGUAGCACACGUUAACGUUACACCGAGCGCAAAGAUGAAGCUCGAGUAUAUGAAUGCGCUGAAAGAAGAAAGUGGAGGAUUCAAUUUUGAAAAUCUCAAGAGAAAUGAAAUUUUGAAGGAAAAAGGAGUCACCUUUCCCAAUUUUCGAAAAACGGGAACAACCAUCUGUGGCUUGGUAUGCCAAAAUGCAGUUAUUUUGGGAGCAGACACCAGAGCUACGGAAGGUCCAAUAGUGGCAGAUAAAAAUUGUAGCAAGUUACACUAUAUAAGUAAAAAUAUAUACUGUGCAGGUGCAGGGGUAGCUGGAGACUUGGAGCAUACUACGUUAUGGCUACAACACAAUGUAGAAUUGCAUCGUUUAAAUACGAACACACAGCCCCGAGUAGCCAUGUGUGUUUCAAGAUUGACGCAAGAGCUGUUUAAGUACCAAGGAUAUAAAGUGUGUGCAAUUGUCUUAGGAGGGGUAGAUGUUACUGGCCCUCAGCUGUAUGGUAUUCACCCACAUGGCUCUUCCUGUUUGUUACCCUUCACGGCUUUGGGGUCUGGAUCCCUUAGUGCUAUGGCUGUAUUGGAGGCCAAAUACAGGGAUAAUAUGACGAUAGAAGAAGGGAAAGAACUCGUGUGCGAAGCUAUAUGUGCAGGUAUUUUUAACGAUUUGGGUUCAGGUGGAAAUGUAGACAUUUGCGUUAUAACGAAGGAUGGUUCGCAACACAUAAGACCGUAUAAGCAGCCGAACGUUCGACUAUAUCACCUGGCGCAACCGACCGUUUUUCCAAAGGGAACCACCCCUGUGUUGUGUCAAAAAAUUGAAAAUAUAAAAAAAUACAUCACUGUGGAGGAUGCAUGAUUUGGCCCCCUACCGUCUGCCCCCAUGUGUAGCGCUACUUAUCAUCAUAGCAAGUGGCAAAAGUUGUUUUAAUUUUGCGACUAUCUUCCACGACGUUGUGGUUACUAUUUUUUUUUUUUACACAUUUGGAACGUGUAACAGCGGGGC